ACAAUCUAGAUGACUUCUCGAUCGCAAUGAGAAUGUACACGCUGGCUGAUCAACCGAUUUCGAAAGACGAAUUCGGUCGUGCAGUAAAGAUCUGCACCGGGUCGGAGUUGAACAAGCACCUUAUCGACACCGUAUUCGCUAUCUUCGACGAGGACGGAGAUGGGCUGUUGUCCUACAAGGAGUUCAUUGCCAUCAUGAAGGAUCGCGUUCAUCGAGGUUUCAAAUCCAACGUCAAAUCCGAGGGUUGGGAAGCCUUCAAGCACUGUCUCAAGCAGGAAAUGAGACAAAAUGCUUAAGGGAUAAAAGAUGGAUCAUUCUCUUUUUUCGAGCAUCUUGCGCUGCGCGCGUCUUCUUGUGUAUUGUUGAUGUUGUUAAUGCACUUAGCCAAAUUCAAAAAAAAAAUUCUACAAAUCAAAUGAUAGCUAAAUUUUACCUAUCCUGUAAUCGAUCUUACCGAAAACCAUUUGAGUGCAAUUUGUUAAUUUAGUAAAUCAAAAAUGGUUUAAUCUUGUUUCAAUUUGUUGUUUUUAACAUCCUAUCUACAAGAAAAUUUCGUAUAACUUGAUUAGAGCCCUAAUUUUUUAAACUGUUUUUAGAGCAAUGAAUUAGCAUUAAUUUUUAAUUUUACUUCAUAAAUAUAAAUCAUCCUUCCAAGUAGUUAAGCAUAAACUUUCUUAUUAUUAAAUUUUUAAAAAUAACAAACAACGGUUAAAUCUAAAAAAUGACGUUAAAAAAUCAAAUACUUCAAGAAGUAAUUGUUUCAUCUUUGUUGAAAAAUGUUAUCUAAAUUCUUUCUUACCAGCAUUCAUGUUCAAAAAUUGUUCAAUUACCCUCAAUGCCAGAAGCAAUUACAAAACAGUCUCAUAAAAUUAAAGAAAACAUUUUAUAUCACUGUAUUAUUUAUUUUUAAAAGUUAUAUGUUCUUUCAUAUGACGUUUAAUGGUGCUUUUAUUUCAAAAACUCUUUAGCGAGUUAUGUAUGUUUGCUAAAUCAUAAAAUACAAAAUCCAAUAUCAUAAUAACAAAAACAUUGAAGAUAUGGCUCUUUCAUAAAAUAAUAGUCGUACAAUUUAGGCAUUUCAGUUGAAGCAUACUGCCCAAGGAAAUUCUAUCGCGACUGAAAGUUUUCUCAACUUCCAACUGAAUGCACAAAAUCACCCAUACAAAUAACCUAACCUCAAAAACCUCUUAGCUUUGAAAAUAAUUUUCUCAAAACUCUAAUAAAACCUUCGUUAGACGGAAUGUUUGAUGCCAACUA